CUAGAACAAUCCACGCAUUUGACAGAACGAAAACGCAAGGCAAAAAAACAGGAGAGAGAAACCUGCAUUUCUGGAAGAACACCUGCUAAUCGCGGCAACUUCCUAGGUUUGUCUCCUUCCCAAACACACUACUCCCAGCAUAUAAUUCCAAACCGCCGACUUCUUCCAACUCAAACAGAAGCCAAAUUAUGAGUUUUGCCGAUUUAGAGGCAGGUAGGCCGUUGCCUUCUAGAAGGCAGCAGCAGCAGCAACAUCAAGACCCGUCUCAGGCCGUAGCUUCUGGAAUUUUCCAGAUUAAUACGGCCGUGUCCUCCUUCCAUCGCCUUGUCAAUACCCUUGGCACUCCUAAAGAUACCCUUGAUCUUCGCGAUCGAUUACAUAAGACGAGGUUACAUAUUGGACAAUUGGUUAAAGAAACAUCAGCAAAGCUUAAGGAAGCUAGUGAAACUGAUCAACGUUUUGAAGUCAGUGCUAGCAAGAAAAUUUCUGAUGCUAAACUUGCUAGAGAUUUUCAAACAGUUCUUAAGGAAUUCCAGAGGGCACAACGGCUUGCAGCACAGAGAGAAACUGCAUAUUCUCCUUUUGUUCCAAAAGAAGUUCAAUCUUCUGGGUCUACUGGAGAUGCUGAGGAGACUAGCUCCUUUCAAAGGCAAGAACAGCAGGCCCUUUUCUCGGAGUCUAGAAGACAGGAGGUAGUGCAUCUGGAUAAUGAGCUUAUUUUUAACGAGGCUGUUAUAGAAGAGAGAGAGAAUGGAAUUCAGGAAAUCCAACAGCAGAUUGGCGAAGUGAAUGAAAUUUUUAAAGAUCUAGCAGUUCUAGUUAGUGAUCAAGGAGUUAUCAUUGAUGAUAUCAGUUCAAAUAUUGAAAGUUCCCAGGCUGCAACUAUGCAAGGAGCUGCACAACUUCUCAAAGCUUCCAAGUCCCAAAAAUCCAGUUCUUCUUUGGUUUGUUUGCUCUUGGUGAUUUUCGGGAUUAUCCUGCUCAUUGUGGUAAUAAUUGUUGUAUUUUGAAGAGGUAUAAGCCCCCGAGUCUAAUAUUGCACUACGAGCGACCAAAGUUGAUACCUACACCAUGUCCUUCAAGCAAAGAUGUUAUAUGAUUUAUUCAGGAGUGUUUUGGUUGCUCUGUGUCAGUAAAUAAAAGUUUGAUCAAAUACUUGUACAGUCUAUUUUCUGACUUGUGUUCAAAGAAUGUUAUUACUCAAUAAUGUAAAUUUAUAAAUGUAUCAUUUUCUUCUUGGUUUGAA